CACAGGAUCGGUUCACAGAAGUCAAAUGGUUAAUGCAAAUUCUAGAGAUGUAAUAGACACCAGGAAAAAAAUUAAAAAGCUAUUGUCUUCUAAACACAGAGACCAGAGGACAAACUGUCUCUAGAUUCCUUGCUUCAAAUUUCUCAAAAACAGGAUAAAAUGGGCAACAGAGAGAUACAGGUGUGUCAGCAAACGUGGGCAUUGUUACACAAGAACAUCCUUAAAAAAUGGAGAAUGAAAAGAGAAACAUUAAUGGAAUGGAUGAAUGCUUUCCUCCUCCUGCUUUUGUUGUACAUAUAUCCUAACGAUCAUCAAGUUAAUGAUUUUUCUUCCCUGAAUUCUAUGGACUUGGGAAGAGUAGAUUCAUUUAGUGGACCCAGAUUUACAAUUGCCUACACUCCUCUUACCAAUACAACCCAACAGAUCAUGAAGAAAGUUGCCUCUACCUCUUUCAUGACAGGCAGAGAAGUUUUUGGAAUGUCUGAUGAAGAGAGUAUUAAAGAAGUAACAGCAAAUUACCAUGAGGAAAUAGCAAGAGUCAUUUUUACUGAUACAUACUCCUAUCAUCUGAAAUUCGUGUUAGGGAAAAGAAUCCCAGAAAAGAAAGAACACAGAGACCACACAGCUCAUUGUGUCGAAAUAGAUGAAGAUAUUGACUGCCAACUUUCAAUAUUCUGGAAGGAAGGUUUUGUGGCUCUUCAAGCUGCCAUUAAUGCUGCUAUUAUUGAAGUCACAACCAAUCAUUCUGUGAUGGAGGAACUGAUGUCAGUCACUGGGAAGCUCAUGGUGGUACAUCCCUUCAUCGGUCAAGGAGGAGUUACAACUGACUUCUUCAUCCUCUUCUGCAUUAUUGCCUUCUCCCCAUUCAGUUAUUAUGCAUCUGCCAAUGUUACAAGAGAGAGGAAAAAGAUGAAGGGUUUGAUGAAAAUGAUGGGCCUUCGAGAUUUGGCCUUCUGGCUGUCCUGGGGUUUGCUCUAUGCCGGUUUCAUCUUCAUUAUGGCCCUUUGCUUGGCACUUGUGAUCAAAUCUAUCCAGUUUUUUGUCAUGACCGACUUCAUGAUAGUCUUCACCCUCUUUCUUCUUUAUGGAUUGUCCACGAUAGCGCUGGCUUUCUUGAUGAGCGUCUUGGUAAAGAAGUCUUUCCUCACCGGCCAGCUUGUGUUCCUUCUCACCAUCUUUUGGGGGAGCUUGGGGUUCACCGCAUUAUACAGAUACCUUCCUGUAUCCUUGGAGUGGAUUCUAAGCAUUUUUAGUCCCUUCGCCUUCAUGCUUGGGAUGUCCCAGAUGUUACACUUGGAUUAUGAUUUGAAUUCUAAUGCAUCUCCUGACCCAAGCAGCUCAAAUCUCAUCAUAGCCACAAACUUCAUGCUGGCAUUUGAUACAUUCCUCUACCUGGCAUUGACAAUGUACUUUGAGAAGAUUUUGCCAAAUGAAUAUGGACAUCGAUAUCCACCCUUGUUUUUCCUGAAGUCCUCAUUUUGGUCACCAGAACAAAAGCCUGAACACAUGACACUGGACAAUGUGGUAGAUUCUGAUUCCUCACUGAAUGACUCUUUUGAACCAGUGUCUCCAGAAUUCCAUGGGAAAGAGGGCAUCAGAAUCAGAAAUGUUACCAAAGAAUAUAAAGGAAAACCUGAUAAAAUAGAAGCCUUGAAAGACCUGGCACUGGACAUCUACGAAGGUCAGAUCACCGCAAUUCUUGGUCACAGUGGUGCUGGAAAAUCAACACUGUUGAAUGUGCUCAGCGGCCUGUCUGUUCCCACCAAAGGUUCUGUGACCAUCUACAACAAGGAACUCUCAGACGCAGCUGAACUGGAAAACAUCCUCCAGAUGGUGGGAGUGUGUCCCCAGUCCAAUGUGCAGUUUGACUUCCUUACUGUGAGAGAGAACCUCAGGCUCUUUGCUAAAAUUAGAGGUAUUCUGCCACAAGAAGUGGAUAAGGAGGUAAACAGAGUUUUGCUGGAAUUGGAAAUGAAAAAUAUCCAGGAUGUCCUGGCUCAGAACUUGAGUGGAGGACAAAAGAGAAAGCUGAGCUUUGGGAUUGCCAUCUUAGGAGAUCCGCAGAUUUUCCUAUUGGAUGAACCAACCGCCGGGCUGGAUCCCAUCUCAAGGCACCGAGUCUGGAAUCUUCUGAAGGAACGGAAAGCAGACCGAGUGAUCCUCUUCAGUACCCAGUUCAUGGAUGAGGCUGACAUCCUGGCUGAUAGGAAAGUGUUCCUCUCAAAAGGGAAGCUGAAGUGUGCAGGAUCUUCUUUGUUUUUGAAGAAGAAGUGGGGGAUUGGAUAUCACUUAAGUUUGCAGUUGAAGGAAAUAUGUGCUCGGGAAAACAUUACAUCUCUUGUUAAACAGCACAUCCCCAAUGCCAAGUUAUCAGCAGAAAGUGAAGGAAAGCUGGUCUAUACGUUACCCUUAGAAACAACCUGUAGGUUUCCAGAACUGUACAAGGAUCUUGACAACUCUCCUGGCCUGGGAAUUGAGAAUUAUGGGGUAUCCAUGACAACUCUGAAUGAAGUGUUCCUGAAACUAGAAGGAAAAUCCGCAGUUGAUGAACUGGAUACUGACAUUUUGGGAGACACACAAGUUGAAAGAGCUGGGGACACAGAAAGGCUUAUGGAGAUGGAACACAUCCUCUCUUCCCUGCGGGAGAUGAGAAAGAUGACCAGCGGUGUGGCUCUCUGGGCAUAUCAAAUCUGUGCCAUUGCAAAAGUUCGCUUGCUGAAGUUGAAGCAUGAGAAGAAAGCUCUUCUUUCCUUGCUCUUGAUUCUGGCAGCUGGAUUUUGUCCUCUUCUUUUGGAAUAUAUCUUGAUAAAAAUAUAUCAAAACAGUUACACCUGGGAACUUUCCCCUCAUUUGUACUUCCUUGCUCUGGGACAACCACCCCAGGCACCUCUUACCCAAUUGCUGAUCAUCAAUAAAACAGGGGCAAGCAUUGAUGACUUCCUCCAUUCUGUGGAGCACCAGAACAUCGCCCUGGAGGUGGACAAAUCGGGAACUGGAACUGGCGUGGACGAUCCCUCCUACAACGGCGCCAUCAUAGUGUCGGGCAAUGAAAAGAAAAUACAGAGCAAUCCAUUUCAAUACCUGGGACAUACCACAUUCUGGCUGAUUUUGGCAUCCAGUUGUCCUCCUUAUAUUGCCAUGAGCAGCAUCGAUGAUUAUAAGAGCAAGACUUGGUCCCAGCUACGGAUCUCAGGCCUCUUCCCUUCCGCUUACUGGUUCGGGCAGGCGUGCGUGGACAUUCCUCUGUACUGCUUCAUCUUCAUUUUUAUGUAUUUAAUGGACUUCGCUUUAAGCUUCCAGGAGACUCUAUUCACAGUUGUAAAUCGUAUUAUUCAAAUCCCAUGCUCCAUUGGUUAUGUCCUGUCUCUCAUCUUCUUCACUUAUGUGAUUUCAUUCAUAUUCCGCAAGGGAAGAAAAAACAGUGGCAUUUGGUCAUUUUGCUUCUUUGUCAUCACCUUGUUCUCUGUGGCUGGAUUUUUUUUCGAAAACUAUGAAAAUAUUCCACUAUACUGCAUCACGUUUUUAAUACCACCGGCCACACUGAUCGGUUGUUUGUUCAUUUCUCUUGAUCUUAUCAUGUUAUCUGUCUUUGGUGAAGAAGGAUCAAGGCGCACAGAUCCAUUUCUGGUAUUGCUAAUUCCUUUACUUCACUUUUUUAUUUUUCUUUUUAUUCUCCGAUGUCUGGAAUGGAAGUUUGGAAAGAAAUCAAUGAGAAAGGACCCCUUCUUUAGAAUUUCUCCAAGAAGCAGUGAUGCACUUCAAAAUCCAGAACAGCCCGAAGGGGAAGAUGAAGAUGUUCAGAUGGAAAGAGUGAGAACCACCAACUCUUUGAAUUCUACCAAUUUUGAUGAGACACCAGUCAUUAUUGCCAGCUGUCUACGCAAGGAAUAUGCCAGGAAGAGGAAGCAUUGCUUUUCCAAGAGGAAAAACAAGAUAGCCACCAGAAACAUCUCCUUCUGUGUUCGGAAAGGUGAGAUUUUAGGGUUGUUAGGACACAAUGGGGCUGGUAAAAGCACAUCCAUCAAGGUGAUAACUGGGGACAUGAAGCCAACUGCUGGCCAGGUGCUGCUGAAAGGGAGCAGCGAAGGGGACCCGCUGGGGUUCCUGGGGUACUGCCCGCAGGAGGAUGUGCUGUGGCCCAGCCUGACAGUGAGGGAACACCUGGAGGUGUUUGCAGCUGUGAAGGGACUGAGCAAAGGUGACAAGGAAGUCACCAUCACACGGCUGGUGGACGCGCUCAAGCUGCAGGACCACCUGAAGGCCCCCGUGAAGACCUUAGCAGAGGGAGUGAAGAGAAAGCUGUGCUUUGCGCUGAGCAUCCUGGGAAACCCGUCGGUGCUGCUUCUGGAUGAGCCAUCGACAGGCAUGGACCCCGAGGGGCAGCAGCAAAUGUGGCAGGCGAUCCGAGCCACCGUUCGAAACACAGAGGGGGCCGCCCUCCUGACCACCCAUUACAUGGCGGAGGCCGAGGCUGUGUGUGAUCGUGUCGCCAUCAUGGUGUCUGGAAGGCUGAGGUGUAUUGGUUCCAUCCAGCACCUAAAAAGCAAAUUUGGCAAAGACUACCUGCUGGAGAUGAAGGUGAAGACCCCCGCACAGGGUGAACCCCUCCAUGAGGAAAUCCUGAAGCUUUUCCCCCAGGCUGCUCGCCAAGACCGAUACUCUUCUCUGAUGGUUUAUAAGUUGCCAGUAGAAGAUGUGCGGCCUUUAGCCCAAGCUUUCUUCAAGUUAGAAAAGGUUAAACAGAACUUUGAUCUGGAGGAUUACAGUCUAUCACAGUCCACCCUGGAGCAGGUCUUUCUAGAGCUUUCCAAGGAACAGGAGCUGGAUGGUUUUGAUGAGGAACUGGACCUCUCGGUGAAGUGGAAGCUCCUCCCCCAGGAAGAGCCUUAAGCCACAAAUGCUCUGUGUUUGGGAAUAAGCCUGUGGCUACUUUUAUUUUUGCAGACAUUUAUUUUUAUAGUAUCAAUGGCUUAUAUUCGGAAAGUAUUUCAUAAAUAUGGUGAUGAUUCUUCAUGGGGUACAGUGGAGGAAUAAGGGCUGGGCCGUGGAGGGAGUGUACGUAGAAGGAAAUGACCAUCCCAGCCUCUAGCGCUUGUGCAGGACAUUUGGGCCCUAAUUUCUGUAUACUGCUGAAUAAAAUAUAUUUACUUUUA